AUAUUUUUGUAUUCUAUUUUUAUUAUUUUGAACUUACAACCCCCUGGCGCUGUUUUGUACUGUUUUCACAAUGUUUUAUAUUGCUGUUGUUUUUUGUCUUACUGUUUGUAAUUGUUGAAAUUUAUAAAUAAACCUUUAAAAAACAAAACAAACAUGGCGGUUACCACAGCAAGAUAUAGCGACAUUAGCUCGGAUUCAGACUCGGAUUUCAGCGGUUUAAACGAUUCCACAGAUUACGGAUGUAUUGAAACAGAUGGUCGGAGUAUGGAGGCAGAUAGCGAAAACGAAAUUGAAGAAGAAAUUGAAGCUAUUGAGCAAAUAGCUAUUGACGCUAUUCGGCUAUAGCGUGGGUGUACCUAAUGAAGUGGCCCAUAGCAUGGCUGCCUUAUUAGCAUCGGCGGUCAAAUGUCUGGACCAUUGAUUGAUUGAUUGAUACUUUUAUUAGUAGAUUGCACAGUACAGUACAUAUUCUGUACAAUUGACCACUAAAUGGUAACACCCCAAUAAGUUUUUCAACUUGUUUAAGUCGGGGUCCACGUUAAUCAAUUAAUGAUACCAAAGUAUCAGGACUUGCUGAUGGACGGCACAUAUAUGACCUGUAGUCGGCCUACAUGGCCACUAGGUGGUGCUCGGCCAGGGUUUUGGUUCAGUGAUGUGCUGAAGAAGCUCACCUUCAUGACCUGCACUUCCAGUAUUGUCCCAUCAACAUGACUCUGCAGCUGCUUCUACUUUCCUUAGCCUUUCUUCGCGCCCCCGACCUCGCAGGAGCGCUCCGAGAUGCCAGCUGCGCCCCCACCUGUGACCCGAGCUCCUGUCCGAGCCACGGCGGCUGCCCGGGCGGGUACGUCCCGGACCCGUGCGACUGCUGCACCGUCUGCGCUCCGGGCGAGGGCGACCCCUGCAGCCGCGCUGCCCCCGCGGCCUGUGGGGACGGCCUGGUGUGCAAGCCCAGGGGCCCACAGGGGGUCUGUCGAUGCAAGGGACGCCAUGCGGUGUGCGGGAGCGACGGGAGGACGUAUGAGAACGUGUGCAAGGUGAGAACGCUCAACCGGGAGAGGAAAGGAGCAGCUGCUAUUCGAGCGGUGCACCAAGGACCAUGCACCCCUUCAAACUCAGAUCUCAGCAGCCCUCGCCAUCAGUUCAACUUCAUCGCCGAUGUCGUGGAGAAAAUAGCACCCGCUGUUGUCCAUAUAGAGUUGUUCAUAAGACAUCCCAUUUUUGGCCACCAAGUGUGUCUCUCCAGCGGCUCCGGCUUCGUGGUGACCCCCUCAGGUGUGAUCGUAACCAACGCUCACGUGAUAACAUACGCAGCUUUGGCGACAGGGCGACCUCAGCUGCUGGUGCAGCUCCAUGAUGGCGACAUAUAUGAGGCUGAGGUUAAAGAAGUGGACAGGAAGGCAGACAUAGCUACCAUCAAGGUCAACCCUCAGAAAAAGCUCCCCGUGCUGUCACUCGGCCGCUCGGCUGAUCUGAGGCCGGGUGAAUUUGUGGUGGCCAUCGGCAGCCCCUUCGCCCUGCAGAACACCGUCACCACCGGGAUCGUCAGCACGGCACAGCGGGAUGGAAAGGAGCUGGGCAUCCAUGACUCCGACAUAGACUACAUCCAGACUGAUGCAAUCAUUAAUUAUGGGAAUUCUGGAGGGCCGCUUGUUAACUUGGACGGGGAGGUGAUCGGCAUCAACACUUUAAAAGUGACAGCGGGCAUCUCCUUUGCUAUUCCCUCGGACAGAAUCAGACAUUUUCUCGCAGAUUCACAGAAAAAAUACACCAGUGUGCUUGGGUCGGAGCAUCCGGAGAACAGAGAUCAGACUAAACUUCCGAAUGGAUUGACAGAGAUGGCACCGUCAGACUCAGGGUUUCUAGGAGGGAGCAGACCUUUAUUGGGUAUCGGAAUGCUAAAAAUGAAGAUACCCAUAACGGACAAAAAGCAAUUUCUACACUAAAAUGGUAGGCUUUGUAAAAACCCUGUUUCCAUAUGAGUUGGGAAAUUGUGUUAGAUGUAAAUAUAAACAGAAUACCAUUAAUGGUGCCUUCACAGAUGUGUAAGUUAAUGCACCCCCAUACCAUCACACAUGCUGGCUUUCAAACUUUGCGUCGAUAACAGUCUGGGUGGUUCGCUUCCUCUUUGGUCCAGAUGACACGAUGUUGAAUACUUCCAAAAACAAUUUGAAAUGUGGACAUCGUCAGACCACAGAACACUUUGCGUCAGUCCGUCUUAGAUGAGAUUAGAGAAGCCGGCGGCGUUUCUGGAUGUUGUUGAUAAAUGUCUUUCGCUUUGCAUAGUAGAGCUUUAUCCUGCACUUACAGAUGUAGCCACAAACUGUAUUUAGUGACAGUGGUUUUCUGAAGUGUUCCUUAGCCCAUGUGGUGAUAUCCUUUAGAGAUUAAUGUCGGUUUUUGAUACAGUGCCGUCUGAGGGAUCGAAGGUCACGCUCAUUCAAUGUUGGUUUCCGGCCAGGCCACUUACGUGGAGUGAUUUCUCCAGAUUCUCUGAACCUUUUGAUGAUAUUAUGGAGCGUAGAUGUUGGAAUCCCUUACUUUCUUGCAAUUGCACUUUGACAAACGUUGUUCUUAAACUGUUUGACUAUUUGCUCACACAGUUGUGGACAAAGGGGUGUACCUCGCCCCAUCCUUUCUUGUGAAAGACUGAACAUUUUUGGGGAAGCUGUUUUAUUACCCAAUCAUGGCACCCACCUGUUCCCAAUUAGCCUGCACACCUGUGGGAUGUUCCAAAUAAGUGUUUGAUGAGCAUUCCUCAACUUGAUCAGUAUUUAUUGCCACCUUUCCCAACUUCUUUGUCCUGUGUUGCUGGCAUCAAAUUCUAAAGUUAAUGAUUAUUUGAAAAAAAGAAAAAAGUUUAUCAGUUUUAAUAUCAAAUCUGUUGUCUUUGUAGCAUAUUCAACUGAAUAUGGUUUGAAAAUUAUUUGUAAAUCAUUGUAUUCUGUUUAUAUUUACAUCUAACACAAUUUCCCAACUCACAUGGAAACAGGGUUUGUAAACCUGGAUAUUUCAGGGCCACACUAGGAGAAUUGUUCUGACAAUUUGGACUAAGAAGCAUUACCGUUAUGUUUGCUUGUUUCUAUGACAGAAAUAUCACUAGAAAUAUUUUCCUGAUGUCAGCAGGUUGUUUUGGUGCAAUAAGUCAUACCUAACACUCGGACAGAAAAUGAUGUUCACACAUGCAUGCAGGAAAGCAAAGGUGGGUGGGAACUUGGGUAGGAUAUCAGCCACAUGCAGUGCGGGGAAUAAUAAGUAUUUGAUCGCAUCCUGACUUAGUAGGAUUAAGGUAGACAUGAACAGGCUAUGUUUUUAUAGUAUAGUCGUCCCUCGCCACAUUGACCUUCAAACAUUGCAGUUUUACCACAGUGGAUAGCUUUAACAUUUUUUAAAGCACAUUCUACAAUUGUUUGGUCCUAAACUAGGUAUUUUCAAGAAUAAGCAUGACUAAAUAAACUAAAAAAUAUUAACACUACAGUAGUGUUGGCCACUAGAGGGGACCAAACCAAACCAACCCCAACGCGCUAUUCAGUAUCGUGAUUGGCUUAGCCUCAGGCUGCGUUACUAUGUUGGAUUAAAAUACAAAGCCCAGAACCAGUGAGGUCGGCACAUUGUGUUAUUUGUAAGUACAAACAGAAUACAAUGAUUUGCAAAUCCUUUCCAAUUUAUAUUCAAUUGAAUAGACUACAAAGACAAAAUAUUUAAUGUUGGAACUGAGAAACUUAUUUUGUUUAAAAAAAAAAAAAUCAUUAACUUCAAAUUCAUUGGCAGCAACACGGUGCAAAAAAGUUGGCACAGGGGCACUAAUACACCCCCAUACCAUCACACAUUCUGGCUUUCGAACUUUGCGGCGUGGCGCAGUGGGAGAGUGGCCGUGCGCAUCCCGAGGGUCACUGGUUCAAAUCCCACCUAGUACCAACCUCGUCACGUCCGUUGUGUCCUGAGCAAGACACUUCACCCUUGCUCCUGAUGGGUGCUGGUUGGCGCCUUGCAUGGCAGCUCCCUCCAUCAGUGUGUGAAUGUGUGUGUGAAUGUGGAAGUAGUGUCAAAGCGCUUUGAGUACCUUGAAGGUAGAAAAGCGCUAUACAAGUACAACCCAUUUAUCAUUUAUUUAUUAGUCCAUAUUGUUCUUUUCCUCUUUGUUCUGGAGGAAACAACGUCCACAGUUUCCAAAAACAAUUUGAAAUGUGGACUCGUCAGACCACAGAACAUUUUUCGACUUUGCAUCAGUCUAUCUUCGAUGAGCUCGGGGCCAGCGAAGCCUUCUGCGUUUCUGGAUGUUGUUGAUAAAUGGCUUCCGCUUUGCAUAGUAUCUUGCACUUACAGAUGUAGCGACAAACUGUAGUUACUGACAGUGUUUUUUCUGAAAUGUUCCUGAGCCCACGUGGUGAUAUCCUUUGCACACUGAUGUCGCUUUUUGAUGCAGUACCGCCUGAGGGAUCUAAAGUCACCGGCAUUAGUUUUCGGCCUUGCUUACGUGCAGUGAUUUCUCCAGAUUCUCUGAACCUUUUGAUGAUAUUGCGGACGGUAGAUGGUGAAAUCCCUAAAUUCCUUGCAAUAGCUCGUUGAGAAAUGUUGUUCUUAGACUGUUUGACAAUUUGCUCAUGCAUUUGUUCAUAAAGUGGUGACCCUCACCCCAUCCUGGUUUGUGAAUGACUGAGCAUUUCAUGGAAGCUGCUUUUAUACCCAAUCAUGGCACCCCCCUGUUCCCAAUUAGCCUGCUCACCUGUGGGAUGUUCAAAAUAAGUGUUUGAUGAGCAUUCCUUAACUUUCUCAGACUUUUUUGCCACUUGUGCCAACUUUUUUUAAACAUGUUGCAGGCAUCAAAUUCCAAAUGAGUUAAUAUUUGGAUAAAAUAACGUUCGAACGUUAAGUAUCUUGUCUUUGCAGUCUGUUCAACUGAAUAUAAGUUGAAAAGGAUUUGCAAAUCAUUGUAUUCUGUUUUUAUUUAAGAUUUACACAACCUGCCAACUUAACUGGUUUUGAGUUUUGUAGUUUUAAGGUGACUAAAGGGUAGGAUUUCAUGUCUGGAGGUCUCUUGUAAUAUGGAAAAACACAUUUAGAAGGCCGUAAACAGGGUUGCUAUGCUCUAGCAAUGAAAAGGUUUGAUUAAUAAUCAAUAAUUCCUACUUACCAGAAAUUAAUUUAUCGCUGUCAUGUCUGGAAUCAUCAGCGAUAAAUGUAUUGGUCUUUCUUGAACUAUUCAGAAAAAAAGAUAUAAAAAUAACAAAAAACUUGUUGAAAAAUAAACAAGUGAUUCAAUUAUGUAUAAAUAUUUCUCCACAUAGAAGUAAUCAUCAACUUAAAGUGCCCUCUUUGGGGAUUGUAAUAGAGAUCCAUCUGGAUUCAUCAACUUACUUCUAAACAUUUCUUCACAAAAAAAGAAAUCUUUAACAUCAAUAUUUAUGGAACAUGUCCACAUAAAAAUCUGUCUGUCAACACUGAAUAUUGCAGUGUUGUAUUUCUUUUCACACUUUAUGAACUUACAUUCAUAUUUUGUUGAAGUAUUAUUCAAUAAAUAUAUUUAUAAAGGA